AUGACUACAAAACCUACAGAACACCAACUUGAUCCAAUAAACAUUAGCCCAGAUCAAUUUUUAGACUGUGCCAAAGCAAUUAUUCAUACUAUAUUAUUCCAUCGAGCAAUUGAUACACAAGUAAUUCCAAAAUCAAUUAUUAUGUCUGGUGUUGAUAUUGCUUAUGCGAGUGCUGAAACGCCAGAAAGCUCAGAAAAUAUUCAUAAAAGAUUAUUACCAAUGCAAGAUGCGAUUUUUGGCGGAGCGCAAAAUACUUGGAUAAUUUUAUCACUCUCUUAUAAUACCCCUGUUAAGGGAUGGUUUAAAGAUGUACAGUCUUCUCAAGUCUGGGAACGCUGGUCCAUUCCUUUCCAAUUUCAAACAUUAUCUGCAAAAGAUGUUAGAUUUGCGAUGCUUCAUACCAUCACACAAAUUACCCAGAAAGCAAAUAGCUGUAAUGUUGCAAUGCGCCCUUCAGAAGGUUCAACAUUCCAAUAUUCAUUAAAUUUGCCGACAGACAAAGGCCCAGAAACAGCCGAAUUAGUGAAUUUGAUGAAGAAAAUUGUUAAAACCCCAGCAUUUUUGUUCCAAUGA